AUGAUGCGAUUCACUUCCAGCAAGAAUCUAGCCCCAGUUGGCGCUGACCCCCUUAUUCAUGCAGAUGCACCGCAGGUCAAUCUCCCGCAUGUGGACACUCAGCUAAAUAUGCACAACGGAUUCUUGGACGACGAGUCCCCGGCCCAAGGUCAGAACGGAACCUCCAAUGACGCCUCUCCGUCUCCUUCCCAGCCAUCGAAUCCCUCCGCUACAACAGAUACGAGCAAUGGCGAAACACCAACGGCAGAAUGGUCAGCAGUCGGACAUGCAGCAACCGGCAAGUCCGGACGGGUCAUACACAACCUCCAAGAGGAAAUUGCGCGUCUAACGCGUGAAUGCACUCUACAAAAGUCCCGCGCCGAGGAAUUCCAAAGGUCAAACGAGGCCUACAAGAUCCAGCAACAAAAUAUGAAUGAGCGGCUACGGAACCUGGAACAAGUCAACGAGACGAAUCUCAACUCAAUCGCGCGCAAGGACCGCAAAUUGGAAGAAUUGCGAAGGGACCUACAAAAUGAGCGCUCGAAGCGCCAGGAAGCCGAAAUGGACGCCAACCAAACCAACGAGAUGAUGCGGGAGGAACGCGAAAACCACAACCGCGAACAAGCCCGGUUACAGGAGAUCUCCAAGCACCACGAGACACAGUACGAGGUGCUGUCAUCCACGACGAAACGGGACAAGGCGGAUUUUACAAAACGCAUCAAUGCUAUCUCCGGGCAGUUCCAGUCUAUAGCCAAUGCGCAGAAGACACAUGUACACUCUACGGAACGCUUGGAGGUCCUUGCGGAUCAGAAGAACCGCGAAAUUGAAGCUCUCAAGGAUUCGUAUGAGAAAUUGCUGGCUAAACAUACUGCCUAUAAGGAUAUGAAGGAGAUUGAGUUCCGGGAUACGCUUGGGUCGGCCCAGUCAAACAAUGACAAGAUUGAUGGAGCUUUGGCUAAAAUUAAAGAGACGGAAUCGGAGAUGAAAUGGGUGAUUCGGCUCAGUGGAAGCCAAGUCAAGCAACCUGCCAGUGAAUGA